GGAGCAGAGUGCUCAGCCUGCGCUCCGGGCCAGCACAGGAUACGGACGCACCGACUCUCCAUCUGGACCGGGAGCGAGGAAGCAGAAUGUCAGGGAAGGAAGUGGGAAAUCUGGAGCUUUUCUUCUGACGCAGGCAGGCAGGAGUCUGUGGACUUUCUGGAGAAGCAGAUCGACUGACGCCCCAACUCCUCACACUAAUCCAGGAACUUUCACCUUAAAUCAAGAGGAAAUUCCUUAAAUUCCCAACAUCUGCAGCUACAGUGGAAGAGGGAAUCCGGUUCUCCUCACACAGGUCGGACCGCAGCCGCCAUGAGUCUGUCACGGAGCGGGACGCUGGAGAAGACGGCGUCCGAGCCGGCCCGCUCUGAGGCCCGCUCUGCCUCCAGAGCGGGGUCAGGGGUCGUGGUGCCCCCUCCCUACUCGCUGGGCGGCAGCGAGGUGGCGGACGCGCCCCUGGAGCUGCGGGGGUCCCUGGACUGCUGGGCCUGCUCCGUGCUGGUCACCGCGCAGAACCUGCUCAUCGCCCUGAUCAACGGCGCCCUGGCCAGCGUUCUGUUCGGCGUCAUCCUCACCCCCGCCCUCACCAUGAUCAUAUUUGGCUUCCUCUGCCACUCCACGGUCCAGCCCAGUGGCACGUCCCUGUUCUGCUCGGACCUGCUGGACGACACGGCCUGCGUGGCGCUGCUGGUGGUGGGCUUCCUGCUGCUGACCCCCCUGCUGGUCCUGGCCCUCGCCGCCUACUGCCGCCUGGCCCGCCACCUCCAGCUGGGCAUGUGCUUCAUCCCUUACAGCCGCGCCGUCUACAAGAACCUGCCCGCUGCCCCGCGCCAGAGGAGGCCCAGCGGGCCCGGGGGCUGCUGGGGGCAUCAGCAGGGGAAGGAGCGGGACGGGAAGGGCAGCGUCUGGGUUUAGGGGUGGAUCCCGCCAGCAGCUCCUCUCGCCAAUCUUCACCGGAUUUCUUUGCAGAAACUAUUUUUAUAAAAUCCGUGAUCUAUGUCACUGAUCCUUUAAAGCUGUUGAAAUCCUUUGUUUGUAUUCCUUUUUUUACUACUUUUUUUUACAAUAAAGUGACACAGUGACUGUUGAACGUUCAGUCUUGAAUAAAUGUUUUCACCAAAA